GCUUCCGCCAGCAAACAUGGCGACCUCCGUGGGCACGCUUAUACGACUCGGAGCAUCGUUCGUCCUGAAACCGGCUUCGCGGCACUAUCCUUGGGUGACCGUGCCAUUAUUUCCAAGCCGAUGUGCACACAAUCUCGGAAGUAGCCUGUACGAGCAAGCCCGGGAGAGUUACAUUCAUAAACCGGACUUGGACAUGCGAAUGGUUUGCGAAGAGAUGGACAAAGUCAUUUCUAAUGUAGAGAGUCGGAAAGGGGAUCUGCAAGGGGCUGACGUCCGUGAUAUAGUGUCAGUGUGGCAGCAGUUGCAGGAGGUCAGGCGGGAGAUCUCUGAUUUGGAAGCACAGAAGAAUGAGAUCAGCGCCCAAGUUCGUGCUCUUGUAGAUCAAAAUGAUAAGAAAGUGCUGCCCACGCUGCCAGAGUAUACGCAGGCGAGGGUGAAGGGGCGGGAAAUCCGGCUGGGCCUGAACCGGCUGUACCCGCGGGAGACCGAGCUGGAGCAGCAGCACUACCUCCGCGCGCUGCGGCUGCCCAACACCACACACCCCAGCGUGCCAAUAGGAGAUGAGAGCCAGGCUAGAGUGGUUGACCUGAUUGGAGAGAAGCCAGAGUUUGACUUCAAAGUAAAGGGACACCUGGAGAUCGGGGAGAACCUGGACCUCAUCAGGCAGAGGCGGCUGGCGCAUGUGUCGGGUCACAGGUCGUACUACCUGAGGGGGGCCGGGGCUCGGCUCCAGCUGGCACUGCAGAACUUUGCCCUGGACCUCCUGAUGCGGCGGGGUUUUGUGCCCAUGGUCGUCCCAGAUAUGCUGAGGGGGGCGGUGUUCGAAGGCUGUGGAAUGCAGCCUCGUGCUCACCAGUCUCAGGUGUACUCCAUCGACCCCGCCCGCUUCACUGACCUCAACCUGGCCGGCACGGGGGAGGUGGGCGUAGCAGGUUAUUUUAUGGACCACGCUGUGAACCACAACGACCUGCCUGUCCGGACAGUUUGCUGCAGCACGUGUUACCGGGCAGAGACAGACACUGGAAAGGAGACCUGGGGUCUGUACCGAGUGCACCACUUUAACAAGGUAGAGAUGUUUGGUGUGACAGCAGAUGAGACAGGUGAGGAGAGCUCCCAGCUGCUGGAUGAGUUCCUGUCUCUGCAGAUGGAGAUCUUCUCUGCCCUGGAGCUGCACUACAGGGUGCUGGACAUGCCCACUCAGGAGCUGGGCCCCCCCGCCUACAGGAAGUUUGACAUUGAAGCCUGGAUGCCCGGACGGGGCAGCUUCGGAGAGAUCUCCAGCGCGUCCAACUGCACAGACUACCAGAGCCGGCGCCUCAGCAUUGUGUACAAGAAGGAGGCUGGGAGCCUACACUACGCCCACACGGUGAACGCUACGGCGUGUGCCAUCCCCCGCACCAUCAUCGCCAUUCUGGAAACUCAUCAGACCAAGGACGGGACAGUACGAGUGCCCCGUGCCUUACAGCCCUACGUGGGGUCGGAGGUCAUUGAGAAGCCCAAAUACUCUCCUCUGGAAUACAUUGGGCCAAACCAACCACAGCGCCCACCCCGUCCGGCCCCCAAACCCAGAUGACAUGAGUUGACCCAAAGGCCGCCGUGAAUACUGGACUCAACCAAUCUCCUCCCUAUAAAGGGGUGUUUACUGUUUCCAUUCAUACCUACAUUGUUCCUUCCGGAUACCUGAUCAAGUGUGUAUAAAUAUAUAAAUUCAGAUAUUGCACUGUGUUAGCGUAUGCAGCAAUGUAAUAAAACCCAUUCCAAUCUA